AUGAAUUUCCCCUUCUCAUACCCUUACGACGACGACAUUACGUUUGAUUCCUCGCCCGCAAUGACCAUGACGACCGCGACAAUGGCAAUGGCAACGGCGACGGCGACGGCGACGGAAGCGUUACUCCUCCCACCAUGGCCUGCUCCCGUAUCUCUUCCGCUCCAACAACCACAGCAACAAAUACCACAGCUACCGCAUCUCUCCUCUAGCAACCCGCCGUCGCAAACCUCGCCCUCCUCCCCCUCCACAUCGCCGUCGUCCACGUACAGAAGCGAAACGGCAAGAUGGAAGGCCCUAGUCGCGCGGGAUCCCCAGGCAACCAACGCGUUCGUCUACGCCGUCGUCACCACCAAGAUCUACUGCCGCCCCGACUGCCGCGCACGGCUGGCUCGACGCGCCAAUGUACGGUUCUUCGACCAGGCCGUCCAGGCUGAGAGCGCCGGCUUCAGGGCAUGUAAGCGGUGUAGGCCGAACCGGGCGAAGCUUGCUUAUGCAGACGUCUCGCCGUUGUCGUCGUCAUCUCCUCGGCCAGAGUCCCGUCUAGGUCUGGCGUUGAGAGAUGAAUUCGUCUCUGGUCAGAAUACGCCGGGUAAUCGAAGUGUCUCGUCUGGGUCGGUGUCUGUUUCUGUGUCUGCUGAGACCAGUCCGGGGCGAGACGGCGAUGUGGAUGUGGAUGACAUCCACACGAAGAUACAACGCGCAGUGCUUCUUGUCUGCCACUCGGCGUCCGAAAAGCGCCAGCCGUUGAGCCUCUCCCAAUUGGCUGGGCAGGUCGGAUUGAGCAAGUGGCACUUGCAGCGCGUGUUCAAGAAACUUCAGGGUGUUACGCCGCGCGAGAUGGCCGAGCAGAUCAUUCAAGCAAAGGCGGAUGGGCGGUUGACGGCGACUACAAUGGCCAACCCAAUGAUGAUGGCAGAUGACACCGUCCCUACACAGGCGACAAAGUUAUGUGCCCCGGUGUCCACGUCUACAGCUCGUUCGAGCCCACGCGCAGAUGACCUAGCAUUCCCUCCCGCGCCACCACUGCCGUUGAUAGACACCAGUGGCACGGACUGGUUCGACGACCAAUUUGACAGCCGCGCCGACCACUACUAUCAUCAACAGCAGCAGCAGCAGCAGCAGCAGCAGCAGUGCCAGCGCCAGGAGGAGUACCAACUCCCAGCGCAAUUCGCGGAGGAUACCCAGACCAUGACCAUGACCGUGGAUAAUGCAGCUAUGGAAGUCGAAAUUGAAUUUAUGGAAAUGGGUCUCCACGCCGCAGCCGCCGACGACUACAACGCGGAAAAUAUACUGAACGAUCUGUUCCCGGAGAUCCUUGUAUACAACACACAUAAUACAUGA